AUGAGUAAUUACGAAGACGAUCAAAGCGAGGAUGGAGAGCUUGCUCGCAGUCCUGUCCAAGAUGAAAUGGAUUUUAGUUUAUCUGAUGAAGAUCGAGACAAUGCUGACUCUUUGAUAAUCAAGCCGCCCCAGGCUGUGAUUCGGACAGCACAUAGAGAUAAAAGAGGACAUAAACGGACCGUCAAAGAUAGAUACAAAGACAAUAUGAGAAAAGAAAAAAAGCAUAUGUACAGGGAACGUGAUAAGUCUGACAAAACAAAACGAGACAUUAAUAAGAAUCCUGAACGUGAAGAUAUGGCCAAAGAAUAUUAUAGAGAAAAGCAAUACUACAGGGAAAAAGAUAUGUAUAGGGAGGGCAAGGAAACAUUUAGGGACAAGGAAUCCUACCGAGAUAAAGAAACUUACAGAGAAAAGGAAAUGUACAGAGACGGCAAAGAUAAUAAUAUGUACAGGGAUAAUAAAGACAUAAGAGAAAAAGAUAUGUACCGCGAGAGAGAGAUGAGGGAAAAAGAAGUUUAUAGAGAUAAAGAUCAAUACAGAGAAAGAGAACAUUACCGAGAGAGAGAAAUGUAUAGAGAUCCAUCUUUCAGAGAACCAGCUAGGUCUAGGGAGGCCUAUAGAGAGAAGGAAAUGCUAUACAAAGAGAAAGAAAUGUAUAACAAAGAAAAAGAAAUGCAAAGAGAUGUGUAUCUUGGUCGUGAGAGACAAUAUAAAUAUGCUGAAGCAGAGAGAAAGCGCUCUGAUAAUGAGAGAAUAGAAUCUAGAUUAAGGUCAUUAGCUGAAGAAGGCCAUACUAAUCAUAACAAUGAAAAGGAAAACAGAGAUAGAACAUCUGGAGAUAAAGAAUUGGAAGACCUUAGAACUAGAUUACUUAACAAAAGGAUAACCAAAGAGUUACAAGGUCAAGAUGGAGGCAAGAAGAGUUCAGACUAUUAUGAAAAGGAUGGGAAAUCAUCAUCUCGUCACUCAUCAUUGGACAAACACCAAGAACAUAGGAAAAAUAAAGUUUUAUUUGCAGGACACCAAUUUGUUUCAGAUAAAGAAAGAGAAAAGCGGAAACAUGAAUCCCGGACUGAGUUGGAGGCUCGAAGAUUAGAGCACCGCCGCCGUGGCAAAAAACGCUCUGUAUCUCCCAGUGAGACGGCGACAAAGAAAACUAAAACAGACUCACCUAACUAUGGUGACUCUGUUGUAACCGUAUCUGACUCUAGUGACGUAGAAAUGAAAACUGACUCGCUACAUUCUGAGCCUGAAGAUGGUGAACACACAAAUAGUGAAACAGAAGAGGAUAGUUCAAGCACAGAAUCAGAUUCAGCAGCAGAGUCUAAGUCAGAAGAAGAAGAGGAAGAAGAGCACAGAAAUGAGGAAAAGACUGAAAAAGAUGAGAAAGAGAAAGAAAGGAUCAAUGACAAAACUAGACCUCCUUCGAAAUCUAAGUCACCUAGUCCAAAUCUCUCCAAGUCUAAACCAGAGUCUUUGCCAUCAUCACACGGGUCACACAGAUCUUUGUCUCGGUCUAAAAGUAGAAGUAGAUCACAUUCCUUUUCACCUCCUCCUCCUGGAGAAAAUGGAAAAAUUGCAGAAGAAGAAAAACUGAAUGAAGAUGAUGAAGAAACGAGACAAAGGGAAGAAGCUAUUAAUGCUCUACCUCCAUACUACCCAGCCUUACAGGGGUGUCGGUCAGUUGAGGAGUUUCAAUGCCUCAAUAGAAUUGAAGAAGGUGCAUACGGAGUAGUUUAUAGAGCACGUGACAAAACGACUGAUGAAAUAGUUGCUCUAAAACGACUUAAAAUGGAAAAAGAGAAGGAAGGAUUUCCCAUCACCUCUCUGCGAGAGAUUAACACUUUGCUUAAGGGCCAGCAUCCGAACAUUGUCACAGUGCGGGAGAUAGUGGUGGGCUCCAACAUGGAUAAGAUUUUCAUUGUCAUGGAUUACGUCGAGCAUGACUUGAGAAGUCUCAUGGAGACGAUGCGCGGAAAGAAACAAGUUUUUCUACCCGGUGAGGUAAAAUGUCUUAUGACGCAGUUGUUGAGGGCUGUGCAUCAUCUGCAUGACAAUUGGAUAUUACACAGGGAUCUUAAGACCAGCAAUUUGUUAUUAUCACACAAAGGUGUUUUAAAGGUGGGAGAUUUUGGGUUAGCCCGAGAGUAUGGAUCUCCCCUCCGGCAGUAUACCCCGAUCGUGGUAACACUUUGGUACCGCGCGCCUGAGCUGCUACUGUGCUGUAAGGAAUACUCCACGCCCAUCGAUAUGUGGAGUGUAGGCUGUAUAUUCGCCGAGUUCAUAAGCAUGAAUCCGCUAUUUCCCGGAAAAUCAGAGGUGGAUCAGUUAAACAGAAUUUUUAAGGAUUUGGGUACACCUUCUGAGUUGAUUUGGCCCGGUUACAGUGAAUUACCAGCAGUACAAAGAAUGACAUUUGCAGAACAUCCUACUGGCGGGUUACGCCAAAGAAUAGGAGCUGAUCUACUUUCUGAAACUGGCUUAUCUUUACUACAAGGCUUUUUGACAUACAAUCCUGUCAGGAGGGUGACAGCAGACGCCGCUUUAGAUCACGCUUAUUUUAAGGAGCAACCAGUGGCGAUCGAGCCGGCGAUGUUCCCGACGUGGCCGGCCAAAUCUGAGGGCAACCGGCGCAGCACGCACAGCCCGCGGCCGCCUGCGGGAGGCGCGGCCUACGCUCAGUUCGCUCGCGCAGACACGGACGAGGCGCUCGGCUUCCAACUACACCAGCGCUCGCUUAACGUGGCGCCAGGUUUCUCGCUCAAGUUCUAG